UAAGCUCCCAACUUCCGCUGAAAUCAGUGGAAGUUUAGGAGCCUAAAUACCUUUGUGGAUCUGGGCCAAAGUAACUAUUUUGCUAAACAGUGGGCCCAUUCUUCCUAACCAGGGACAGUUUGCAACACGUCUCUACAGGGCUCUGCCACUCUCCCCCAGGAUGACGUACCCUUUUUUUAAAAGCCACUAACUCUUAUCAGAUCGAUAAGGCCCAAUCAAUGGUUUUCCCUUCUAACGAUGUGUUGGGUUUGUUAUCUGGGCAGCUGGCAGCUAAUAAGAGGCAGCUUUAUAUCUGUUUAUUGUAAAGAAGGCGAAGCAAACUGCAGGCUGGAGACAGGCGGUGGGAUGAUUACUGUCAAUACAGCAGGAAAGAGAGAGGAAAUAUAAGGAGCAGAGGCCGUGGACUGCAACCCAAAUGCGUGAUCUGAACGUAAACCUAGCAGUACAGCUACAGAAGGAAAGUGGGUGGAUUGACCUCGACAAGGGAGUGUUUCUCUGUGUUUUGAAAGGGUUUAUACACGAUCUAGUUAUAAGAGUUAGAAAACAGGGAAGUGUUUGUGGCAAUCAGCAAAUAAUGCUGGGCAAGAGAGCUCUGAAUCCCCAACAAAGUCUGAAAGGUGCUUCAAAUUCAGACCAAAGGCAAAGCAGUGUCUGGGAUAUUUUUUAUAUAUGUUAAGAAUCACCAUUUGAAAAUAAUAAUAAUAAUUAAUAAAACCAGAGCUUGAAAAAGAUAAUUGGACAUGUUUUUUCCUAGUAAGUUGAAACAAACUGUAACACAAAAUGGAAAAAACAAGCAAACCUCCCAGCUUGUCUCCCCUCUUCUCCAUCCACAGAGGAAUUAGGUGUCUUGGGUUUGCAAGGCAAGGAAGGCUGCAGACCAAAAGCUGGAAGUGGUUCUCAAACACCCAGAACCAAGCAAGAGAAUAAAAUUAAAUUUUGGAGCACAAGGAAGAACUCCUACCAUGAAACCAUUCACUGAAGAAGAUGUGGAAUUUUACAUCCAGAAUAAGGUGGAACAGCGACACCACCUGGUGUCUAAGACAGUGGACGAGGUGCAGAAGAUCAUCCAACAGCUGACCGCUGAAAUCAGCUACAGGGACACGCGAUUUCAGGCCAUCUCCAACUCUGGUGUUCACAACGAGAAUUUUAGGGUCUUAGCGCCCAGCCACUUUCUCAUCACAGUCCCACUGCGCGGCCUGACAGGGUACCGGGAGCGCCAGGUACGGCACUGGCGGUAUUACACCGUGCAUGGAGCAAAGCUCCUUUCCCCAGUACGGGACCCAGAGGAGCUGCAGCAGUGGCUGGAGGUGGAGCAGUUCUCAAAGAGUCUGCAGCAGUGGCAUGAGACAGAGGUGAACAUCGAAGGUGAUCUCGUUCCAGCCAAGGUCCUUGCCAUCUUCAGGGAGUUGAUGGAGAAGUCAAUUACCUCCUGUAACCUCUCCAGUAAAGUCAGCAUUCUGGAGAGUUUCAGCUCAGUGGUCCGAGUUGCUGUGGAGACACCAGACUCCCAGGUAGAGGUGGAGCUGGUCCCUACUGUGGAAAUCCCAACCUGCUGGCCUGAGAGAGCCCGGUGGCCCCGCUGCUUCAAGCGCUGGCCUUCCCAGGAGAAAGUACAGUGCAUCAAGUCAUUUGGCUUUAAUCUCCUGGCCCGCUCCAAUUACCACUGGCAGCUGGGCUUCUCCCGAGCUGAGCGCAUGCUGAUAGAGGGCCUUGACGAGGACGGUGGCUGCCGCAUGAAGUGCUUCCGGGUCAUGAGACAAAUGAAGGAGGAUGUCUGGUGUACAGGAAAUAAGCCAGUCCUGACGACCUAUCACCUACAGAUGGUGCUGUUCUGGACAUGCGAGAAGUACCCGCGCACCAAGGACUGGCUCUGCUUCCGGGAAGGCUUCCUGCGCAUGGUGCAGAAGCUGCACAAGUGCGUGAGCCAGCACUUCCUGAAGCAUUACUUCGUCAGGGGCACCAACCUGCUCAAGUAUGCCAACACCAGCGACCUGGACCUAGUGGCAGGCAAGCUCGCCGUCUUCCUGGAGAACCCCGUGCUCUGCCUGGACUGAGGCAGGGAGAACCUGCUAUCCCAAUCUUGUUUUACUACCUAGCCCUUCUUGUUGUCUGUAGUUGUUCUUCCUGACCUUUCAGUAGAUGCUGUGACCUUGAAUGUGAGACGUGUGGCACGUGCAGUAUGGAAGAGAAGAAUCAAACUGAGAGCAGUAAGAGGACAAAACUAGAGGGUUUCUUGAUGCCCAGCCAUUGAAAUUUGCUUUCUACAGCUUGAGCUGCCUGUCUUGGAGCCACUGCCAUCCAGAUCCCCAAAACAAACCAGACUAGAUAUUGCCCCACUGUUUGUCACUAGUCCUAUGGCUCAUAGGCCAAAAUGCAGAGUGGUCUAGUGGUAAGAGCAGGGGACUAGCAAUCAGGAGACCUUACUCUGCCACCUACUCGCUGUGAGCCCUUCUGUUCAUCACUUGACUCCUCUAUGCUGCCUCCUCGCCCAUCUGUAAAAUGGAAUUAAUACCUACCUACCUGACAGCAUUGUUGUGAGACUGAAUGAAUGUUUGUACAGUGCAAUGAGAUACUCAGAUGGAGACCUCGGUACAAUCACAAGGUGUUAUUGUUAGAGCCAGUCUCUCUCACCUCCCUCCACAAUUAAAUGUGGGUCCCGCCCUCAUGGUAAAGAGAGUUUAACUGAUAAGUAUUGAAUAGUUCAGAUACUGUUUUUUGCCUUUCCCUCAUGGUCUUUUUGUUUCACGUUUUGCUUGGGGCAGGCUUCCCGGGUUUGCCUUUGCCACCUGUGUAGUGCCAUGCUGUCAGCCCCUGGCAGUGUUUGCUGUGACAGAGCUCUCUAGCACAUCUGGCUCUGCCCAGCUGUCUGGGGGACGAACUGAUCUCUCACCUUUUAGCACCUGUAUAUUUUUGAGUGCUGUUAGAGACCGAAGGAGAAUUUAUCAAAGGUUCCUAGUUGCAGAGGAUUCCAGAGCUUUAUAUAAAUAACAUAUAAAAAAUAAAGUGCUAGUGUUUUGAGAAAAGAAACAAAAAAAGUUCUAAAGUGAAUGUUGUGUUUAAUGUUCUUAAAUGACUCAAAUUUAAAAUCAAGUGUUUUAUUUUCUA